GUGACUGCCCGCCCGGCGCCCGGCUGGCCUGGAUCAUGUGAUCCAGCGAUUGGAGACGCGGUGGCCGCCUACCAGCUCCGGGUGCAGCGUUCUAUGCCUGGAUUAUCUCCGUUUUACUCACUUCGGCUCCCGGGGGCUGUGGAAAAGGACACAAAUGGAGAAGUUCUGUGGGUGUGGUGUUAUCCUUCCACGACAGCUACGUUACGGAAUCUGCUGCUGAGGAAAUGCUGCCUUACAGAGGAAAACAGACUCCUCCAUCCCUUCGUCUUCGGUCAGUACAGAAGAACAUGGUUUUAUAUCACAACAGUUGAAGUUCCAGAUUCUUCAGUUUUGAAAAAGGUGACUCAUUUUUCUAUUGUUCUGACCGCCAAAGAUUUUAACCCAGAGAAAUAUGCCGCCUUCACUAGGAUAUUGUGUAGAAUGUACCUGAAACACGGGAGCCCAGUUAAAAUGAUGGAGAGUUAUAUUGCCGUUCUCACCAAGGGGAUAUGCCAGAGUGAAGAAAACGGCUCUUUCCUUAGCAAGGACUUCGAUGUCCGAAAGGCAUACCUCGCAGGCUCCAUCAAAGACAUUGUAUCUCAGUUUGGAAUGGAAACAGUUAUCUUACACACAGCACUGAUGCUAAAGAAAAGAAUUGUUGUCUAUCACCCAAAAAUAGAAGUUGUCCAGGAGUUUACCAGAACCCUGCCUGCCCUGGUGUGGCAUCGACAGGACUGGACCAUACUUCACUCGUACGUGCACCUGGAUGCUGAUGAGCUGGAAGCCCUGCAGCUGUGCACAGGUUACAUCGCCGGAUUUGUAGACUCGGAGGUGAGCAAUAGAGCAGACCUGUAUGACGUGUUUGUGAAUCUGGCAGAGAGUGAGAUUACCAUUGCCCCACUUGCGAAAGAGGCCAUGACAAUGGGCAAACUGCACAAAGAGAUUGGUCACCUAAUUGUUCAGUCUGCAGAAGAUCCAGAGAAAUCGGACAGCCAAGUUAUACAGGACAUUUCCCUAAAAACAAAAGAAAUCUUCACCAACUUGGCACCCUUUUCAGAAGUUUCGGGCGAUGGAGGAAAGCGUGUCCUCAAUCUUGAGGCUCUAAAGCAAAGACGAUUCCCACCAGCGACAGAAAACUUUCUGUACCACCUAGCAGCAGCCGAGCAAAUGCUGAAAAUCUGACUGUCAGGAUGGUAUCACUGAGGACACGAUCACCCACUAACUAUGUGUAAUACUGAAAAUAACAAAGAAAAUGGUAUAUUUUAAUGAUUUAUUUGAAAGUAUUGAGAUUUGACCUGAAAAGCACUGAAACAUAGCAAAACACUUGAUUUUCUCUAUCUGAUUAGUUUCACACCUGUCAUCAUGUUGGACAAAGUGCUGUAACUACCGUAAAUAAGUUAUAACAUGGCCUGAUGGGCUGGAGUGAGAAAAAAGCUCUGUCGAGUUCUUGUGUAAGUCACAGCAGAUCCGAAAGCCUCCAUGAUUAUAAGUUCCCGUUUGUCUCAUUGUGUCGCCACAAACGAAUGAUUUAUUUUCAGAAAGCUGCCUGAAAUGUUGCUUUGUAUUCUUCUAGGAAGAACUUUAAUUCCUCACGAGGAACUGUACUUUCUGAGCCAAACUACUAAGUUUUCUGCAGGACUGUCUAGAACAGCGGUUCUCAACCUGUGGGUCGCGACCCCUUUGGCGGUCUAACGGACCCUUUCACAGGGGUCGCCUAAGACCAUCCCGCAUAUCAGAUACUUACAUUACGAUUCAUAACAGUAGCGACAUUACAGUUAUGAAGUAGCAACGAAAAUAAUUUUAUGGUUGGGUCACCACAUGAGGAACUGUAUUUAAAGGGCCAGAAGGUUGAGAACCACUGCUCUAGAAGAUCAUUCAAAAGACCCUGCAGUUGCACUUUCUUGUAAAAGAAAAAAAUUUUUUUCUUGGCCUUUGACCAUUUUACCUAUAUUAUGAGGGUUUUGCAUAGAUUUUAUACUUGAGUAGACAACGUUAAUAAUUCGUAUUUAUACUGUCUCAGAGGUAAGCAUUUGGCAAGCUGAAGCCAUCAGUGCUCUUCAAUUCACCUUGUUGCUAGCAAUAUUACUUUGAAAGAUGCCAGUCCUUAUAUAGCAGAGAAAAACAAGCAGCCCAUUUUGAAUAUUAAUGUCUAUAACUGAACUAGCAACUUUCAUGAUUGGUAAGGGAGUGUAAGAAUUAACUGUCUGCAAGGGCAAAAACCAGAGGUCUUCAAGUAACUCCAGUAAAAAGUGACUUGGCCACAUAAGAAGUUCUUGUUCCUGUUCAGCUGUGUACCUUUCUCAUCAUAGGAGACCUAAAAAUUGCAAAAUAAGCAGGGAGGUCUAAGUUAUGUACUUGUUAUUUUAUUGUAUGUAUUCAUAUUAACUCUGAAAGGUUAUUUUACAGUCAGUCCUGUUGUCCUUGGAAAUCUUACCCAGAAAAAAUGUCUGCAAAAAAUCUUGUCUUUAUCGGAUCUUUCAUUUGUUAAGUAAAAAGUUUAAAAUAGCCCUUUCUUUUCCUUUUAGGGUAAGGGUGGACCUGAAAUGAGGUUUUGUUUACUAAGGCAAACAAUUUAAAAUUAAUUCUGCACUUUAUGAAAAUGAAUACUAACAUCUUUUUCUCCCUCAUUUUUGUAUUACUGCAUUAGCUAAUCAAAGUUGUUAAAAUUGCAAAUGUAUGAUGCAGAAAUAAAAUGGAAAUAUUUUGAUAUUCAACCAUA